GAACGUUAUGUUCCUGGGUCUGUAGAACGUUUGAUAUCUAUUUUAUCAUGGUCUGGGCUAAAUUUUGAUGAAGGACCUGGGAAACCCGGAUCCUAUGGACCAUAUUAUCAGUCUGAACGAACAGAACUAUAUAAAUAUCACGUGAACAAACUAAUUAAAGAGGGAAACGCAUAUAGGUGUUUUUGUAGCCAAGAAAGGCUUAAGCAAAUUCGAUCACUUGCCCAAAAAGCAGGUAAAAGUAUCGCAUACGACCGUCAUUGCCUAUAUUUGAGCCAAAGGGAAGUUGACCUAAAAUUAGCAAAGGGAAUUCCUUAUGUUAUUCGACUAAAGACACCAGAUGGUGUUGUAAAUAUAAAAGAUCUUAUAUAUGGUAACGUUAUGUUCAACGAUAAGCAUAUCGAUGAUACUAUUUUAUUGAAAAGUGAUGGAUAUCCAACUUAUCAUUUGGCGAACGUCAUUGAUGACCAUUUGAUGGGAAUCACACAUGUAUUACGCGGGGAGGAGUGGUUACCCUCGACACCUAAACAUAUUGUUCUAUAUAAAGCAUUAGGAUGGAACUUACCUGAAUUUGUGCACUUACCUCUAUUGCUCAAUCCGGAUAGAUCCAAAUUAUCAAAGCGAUCCGGUGAUGUUAAUGUUGAGGACUUUGCGCAAAGAGGCUAUUUGCCCGAAGCGUUAAUAAAUUUUGUUGCAUUAUUGGGAUGGAGCUCAUCAUGUGAAAAAAAAGACGACAUAUUUACUUUGGAUGAGUUGAUAUCUGAGUUUUCAUUAGAACAUAUUGGCAAAUCGGGCGCGAUCGUAAUGUAUGAUAAACUUGAUUGGCUGAAUAAACAACAUUUGAUUCGUAAAAGUGAAACUCCAAAUGGAUUGGCAGAGCUUGUAUCAUUAUUAAAACCAUUGGUGCUUAAUGAAUCUGACGAAAAAUAUAAACUUGGAGACUUAUAUCUUUCCAAAGUUAUAAUGACAAUCAAGGAUCGAAUAAAGAAUAUUAAUGAUAUAACAGAAUUAUGUGGAUACUUUUUUGUUCAUCCUGACUAUUCUUCACCAGAAUCCAAAGCUGUUAGAUCAUAUAUUCAGGAUAAUGAUUUAAAAUUAAUAGCUACAAUUGCAUUCGAACGAAUUAAUUUUAAUAAAACUGAAUUUGAAGAUGAUAACAUUAAAUCUGUUAUUACUAAUAUUAUUUCUAUUAGUCAGCUUAGACAAAGUCAA